UCUCAUCUAGACUACUCAUGGAACUUGCAGAACCGAAUGGACGGAAAUAUUGGGGCCGCCAGAAGAUCAAAAUAAAGAAGAUUGAGGAUGACCAACAUCGCUUCAUUAUGUUCUCCAGUCGCAGGGCCAUGAUCUAUAAGAAGGCAAGCGAGCUGGCUACCCUAUGUGGAGCUGAAAUUGGUAUUGUGGUGUUCUCACCAACAGGGAAGCCCUUCUCAUUUGGGAUUCCGACAAUUGACGCGGUGGUGGAGCGAUUCCUCAACAGGAAUACCUCUGAGCAGCCCCCCGAUGAUGGUGGCAUGGAGCAGAUGCUGGAGGCCCAACAAAGGACGAGGAUUGAGAAAAUAAGACAAAACCUCAACAAGACCCUCGCCAAACUAGAGGCUGAGAAGAAGCGCGAUAAGUCACUCAAGCAGCUAAUCAAGACAGCCCGGGAACCCAAUGCACCGAGGUGCGAAGUUGGUUGGUGGGAUGCUAAGAUUGAAGCGCUCAAUCCUGCACAACUUGAGCAAGUAUCCACGUCCAUAGAGCAAUUCUAUGGUGAUCUUAUGAAACACAUGAAAAAAAGGCAGCAACUACAACCACAACCACAACGAUAAUAAAGGUCAAGAUAACAAUGACGCAGUUGCUUCAACCGACUCACUAUUGGAAGCUCUGAAUUUUGAUGAUGAUGAUGAUGAUGUUAGCGGCUUCGACACCAGAAUUGAAGCAUAUCUAAAUGGACAGUGGUAAUUGAUAUUAUUUUGCAUGCAUGCUUUUCUUGAUAAUAAUGUAGAAAUAAGCACCUUUCUUCUGAAAUUACAAUCUUAAUAGAACAUGUACUUGAGGAUCUGACUCCUAUGUUCAAGUAUAUGUUGUUUUGCGCUAUUAUAUAUUUUGGUUAAUGCUUCUCCAGCAGAAGUAGAUACAGAAACAAUUGGAAAUUAGAACGCCCUGCUAAUGUUAUUGCUGAAUA